UAGAAGUAAGCAACACAACAUUGGAAGUGUUGUAGGCUACUGGACAACUAUGGAGGUGGUGGGUGAUGAUGUCCAGGACCAUGGUGUUCGUGUGGUGGCCCAUGGUGUCCAUGGUGCUCAUGUGGAGGCCCAUGGUGCUCAUGUGGUGGCCCAUGGUGUCCAUGGUGCUCUGGAGGUGGCCCAUCAUGGUGCGGCCUCGGGUCAUGCGGUGGUGGAUGGUGGUCGUGAUGCGGUCCAUGUGGAUCAUGAGGCCCGUGGUGAUGAGGGUCGUGAUGCGACAUUCUGUCAAAAUCACAAAACCUGUGAAUAUAAUUAUGCAUUUCCUGCAGUUAAUGUAGCUUAUAGUACAAUACCUUAUUGUUUGACACCGUGAAAUACAAUUAUAUUCAA